AUGGCUACUGUUUCGAGAAGGUUGCUGAAGAGAGAGACGAUCCCCUGCAUAAGGAAGCUCUUCUCCACCGUUGGAUCUCCUUCUUUCGUUGAAAGACUCAGAAAUCUCCCCAAAGAUUUCCCCUCUACUAAUGCCAAACGCGAUGCUUCUCUGCUUAUCGGAAGAACACCUCUCGUGUUUCUCAAUAAAGUCACUGAAGGAUGUGAAGCUUAUAUUGCAGCUAAGCAAGAACAUUUCCAACCUACAUGUAGCAUCAAAGACAGACCAGCUUUAGCUAUGGUUGCAGAUGCAGAGAAGAAAAAACUUAUCACUCCUGGAAAAACUGUGUUGAUAGAGCCAACUUCAGGGAACAUGGGAAUAAGUAUGGCUUUUAUUGCGGCAAUGAAAGGGUAUAGAAUCAUAAUGACAAUGCCUUCUUACACUAGUUUGGAGAGGAGAGUGACUAUGAGAUCAUUUGGUGCUGAGCUUGUACUCACUGAUCCAGCUAAAGGAAUGGGUGGUACCGUUAAGAAAGCGUAUGACCUCCUCGAGAACACUCCUGAUGCGUUUAUGUUGCAGCAGUUUGCUAAUCCAGCAAACACUCGGAUUCAUUUUGAUACGACUGGUCCUGAGAUUUGGGAAGAUACACUUGGGAAUGUCGAUAUAUUCGUGAUGGGAAUUGGCAGUGGAGGAACGGUAUCUGGUGUUGGCCAAUACCUUAAGUCUAAAAACCCCAAUGUCAAGAUAUAUGGAGUAGAGCCUGCAGAAAGCAACAUACUCAAUGGUGGCAAGCCAGGUCCACAUGCAAUUACUGGCAAUGGGGUUGGAUUUAAACCGGAUAUCUUGGAUAUGGAUGUUAUGGAGAGCGUUCUCGAGGUUACUAGUGAGGAUGCUAUAAAGAUGGCUAGAGAAUUGGCAUUGAAAGAAGGUCUCAUGGUUGGGAUAUCGUCGGGUGCUAACACCGUGGCAGCGAUUAGACUGGCGAAAAUGCCAGAGAAUAAAGGCAAACUCAUUGUGACGAUUCAUGCGAGCUUUGGAGAGAGAUACUUGUCGUCUGUUCUGUUUGAUGAGCUGAGGAAAGAAGCAGAGGAGAUGAAACCAGUUUCAGUGGACUGA